AUGAGUGACGAACAUAGAGAUUCCGAUGAUGAACUCAAUCUCGAUCUGUCUUUAGGGUUACAUCGUCCCGUGAGAAGACAAAACCGGUUAGUUCCUCAUCAAGAUCAUCAACAAGAACCCGUGAUGGAACAAGAACAAGGUCAAGGUCAAGGUCAAGGCACGUUCAUGCAACUCUUGACAUCAUUAGAUCAUCCUCCACAAAAUAUCCAACGUUCUCCUCCUUCUCAAGAUCACAUGAUCAUGUCUUUAAUUCAAGACUUGACCAACGAUGCUUCUUGGAUUGUUCCCGAACAAACCCUUCACCCUCUUCAUCAAGUUGAAACCGCUCCUCCUAGUGUAUCUGCCCCGCCGCACCCUCCUCGCCGCAGAGGUCGGCCACCAGGAGCACAAGCACGUCUUAAUCCAACAAAUACAGAUGCUGAUGAAAACAAAGUGAUCAGGGAGAUUGUACCACCGUAUCCAUGGUCUAAAAAUAAGCCAUGUGUAGUUUAUACCAUCAGUGACUUGACUGCAAUGAAUAUAAACAUGAUUCAUGGUCAAGUCUACUGCAAACCUUGCAACAAGACUCAUACGUUGUACUAUAAUCUGAUUGAGAAGUUUUCAGAGUUGUAUGUGUACAUUAAAGAUAACAUGGAGAUUAUGCGUGAGCGAGCACCAGCUAUAUGGUUAUCUUCAACAUUGACUCAGUGCGUGACAUGCAAGACUGAGAUGAAGCCUGUGAUUAAUGACGAGAGAAUGGAAGAAAUUAACUGGUUGUUUCUUAUGUUAGGGGGAAUGUUGGGAUGUUGUACUUUGGACCAGCUUAAGUUCUUUUGUCAGGCUAAUGGUAAGCAUCGAACUGGUUGUAAAGAUCGUGUUCUAUACAAAGCUUAUUUUCGUCAAUGCGAACAGCUUGAUCCUGAAGGACCAUUCUAUGUAGAGUGA